UUGUAAAGUGAAAGGCGUGCUAUCAAGAAGGAGUCUAUGUCUAAACACAAAUUUGUUGGUGCUAUAUCAGCCUUGCGAAUGCCAUGUGAUGCCAACGUCUCUUGAUACAACUGCAAUCCAAUGAAUACAAUGCUCGGCCGUUUAAUGUUUGUCGUAGUAUUGCCGCUGUUGGUCCUUAUUGCUGGCGAUUUGUUUCAAGAAUCUCAAGCAGGAUCUGUAAAGUCAUCAUGUCUUCGACGAUGCCAUCGCUUAGUUAAAAAUACCGCCGCUUCAAAGGUAUCCUUCUCAUGUCAUGAAUUUUGCAAGGAAACGCAAGCGAUUUCAAUGGCAGAACGACGAGGCCUCGCUGCACAUAGCUCCAUGAAACAGCGCAUUCGAAAGGCUUUGAAAGCUAUUCCUGGUAAGUUGAAAAUAAUGAAAGGAGUGUAAAGAAAGAGCUCAGGAUCUUCCGUUUCAGUUGAGAUGUAUCAUGAAAUGAAGACUGAUCUUGUAAAUACAAAUAACAAAUAGGUUACAGAUCCUUACAGUGUGCAGAAGCGCAUAUAAAUCGUUUGCCGACUUUGCAAAGACCAUGUGAAGCAUCUGAAUAGACGCCUUUUGUAAAAGGUGGUUGAAAAUCGAAAAGGAUGAUUUGCCUGAGAGACAGUUAACCAGAAUAAUC